CCGACUCCGGUCUCAGAGCAGCAGGCUGAUCGCUGGCAACAUGGAGCACUGUACCAUCAUGUUCAUCAGCCUCUCGCCCUGCGCGACCGAGCUGUCCUCCUCCAUGACCCUGGCAACUUUCCAGCUCCUUGAUGACGUCUUUACCCGCCUUGACUCGAUCGUGGACGAGUUCGGGUGCUUCAAGUACCACCACGUUCAGGAUACAUACGUGAUCUGCUGUCAGAGGACCUCGCGCCCUUUCCAUGCUCCCGACAGCCCCGCCAGGUACAGGCGCACAGCAGCAAGGGAGAUGGUUCUCCUCGCUGCCAGGAUCAUGAGGGAGGUGAAGGAUUUUCGUGCUCUCAGCGGGGAGCCGCUAUGGGCCAAGGUCGGGAUCGCGUGCGGGUCGCUGGCAGGAGCGAUCGUGGGAGCGCAUCGGAGGUUCUACUGCUUGUUCGGGGAUGCGAUCAACACCAGCGCGCGCAUGUGCCACUACUCGGAGAAGGACAAGAUUCUGUGCACGGAGGUUCCAUGCGCUGGGAGAGGCGAUGAACGAGGCACUCGAGAUGCAGAAGAAGGCGAAGCCCGGGGCCUUGUGCUGCUCCUCCGACUUCGAUAAGAUCUUGACCCGGUCAGGCGCACGGCCCGCCGUUCGCUCGCCAGUCAUGGCCGCGUGCAAGCCUGAGCCCUCCCAGCGGCCUGUGACUUCAACUUUACAUCAUCCUGAGAAGCCACUGAAGCCCGCGCCGUCCGGGCGUAUCAUCAAGGUUACUAGUAGUACCGGUCCGAGUCAGUGAACACUGCUGAGUC